AUGGACCCUAUCAAGUACAUCUUUGAAAAGCUAGCCCUUACAGGGAAGAUCUCCCAUUGGCAUAUGUUGCUAUCUGAGUUCAAUAUUGUGUUUGUAAUGCGAAAGGCCAUCAAGGGCCAAGCCAUAGCCAACUACCUAGCGGACCAAUCAUUGAAUGAUUUGGAUUUCUCAGAAUCCCUCUUCCUAAAUGAGGAUGUUUUGGUAAUAGAUCUAGAACCAAACAAUGUAGAACCAUGGUGUUGGAAGUUUUAUUUCAAUGGAGCUGCCAAUAGCACUGGAAAUGGAGUGGGAGCAGUUCUAAUAUCCUCUAAUGGCCAGCAAAUCCUUGUUUCAGUCAAGUUGAAUUUUGAUUGCACCAACAACGUCAUAGAGUACGAGGCGUGCAUAGUAGGCUUGCAAGUUGCCUUAGAGUUCGAUGCGUAUGAUCUAAGUGUCUUUGGAGAUUCCCUGUUGAUAAUCUUGCAAAUAAAGGGGAAGUGGCAAGCCCGAGACACCAAGUUGAUUCCAUAUCAAAAAUGUGUCAGCUGCCUAGUUCCAAAGUUAUGGAACAUCACCUUUGCUCAUUUUCCCUGA